AUGUUCGGAUUAGCUUCAAAGGGUUUCAUUAAUACCUCUUUGGUUAUGGUACCUUAGAUGAACUUCGGUGCUAACUUAAAGCAAUUAAAGAUUAGAAUGAAAGCCAUUGGUUCAAUUAAGAAGAUCACCAAGGCCAUGAAGAUGGUUGCUGCAUCAAAAAUGAAAGCUGAAACCAGCAGAUUAGAAAAUGGUAGAAACUUCGCCGUUGGCAGCGUACAAAAGAUGUUGGAAAACGAAUCUUACGUCCAAAAGAAGAAAUCUACCACCGCACCCAAAUCUACCCUCCUCGUUCCCAUCACUUCCGAUAAGGGUUUGUGUGGUUCUGUCAAUUCCAGUAUUGUCAGAGAAGUUAAGAGAUUAGCCCUCAAUAAUAGAUCUGCUUUCGGUCUCUUACCAGUUGGUGAAAAGGGUUCUAGUGGUUUAUCUAGACCUUUCCCCGAUUUGCUUAAGAGUUCUAUUGUUAAUAUCUAAAAUGUUAAUUUCCCUACUGCUGCAGCUAUUGCACACUAAGUUUCUACUUAAGGAGCUGGUUAUGAUCAAGUUACUUUAAUAUACAAUCAUUUCAAGAAUGCCAUUUCCUACGUUGUCAAGCACUAAGAAUUGCUUCCCAGAGCCCAAUUCUUAAAUUUAUUCAAGUACGUUACUCGUCACGAAGCUGUUGAACCUGAAUUAGAAUAUUCCAAGAAUUACUUCUUUGAAUUGUACAUGGCUUCUUCUGUUUACAAUGCUCUCCUCAACUCUUCUGCUUCUGAAUAAGCUUCUCGUAUGAAUGCAAUGGAAAACGCUUCCAAGAAUGCUGGUGAAAUCCUUUCUAAGCUCACUCUCGAUUACAACAAGGCUCGUUAAGCUAAAAUUACUAUGGAACUUAUUGAAAUUAUUUCUGGUGCCUCCAUUGUUUGA